AUGCUAGUGGAAGGGGUCUCCGAGCCGGAAUCUCUGCAUCCGAUUCUCAAACCCCCUCAGGCUUCUCAUAGUGAGCCACCGAAAACGACUCGCAUACUCAUCACCCAACCCGAUGGCGAAGAAAUUACCCAAAAUCCUUCCAACUCGCCUACUCCAAGUAUAGUGGAACCAAAAGGUAGCAUCCCUGACCGAUUGACACCAAGGAGAUCAUCCCUUGUCAUACCGGGUCAUUCUAAACGAGGUGGGAAACGUCGACCAGUGAUGACUGCUCGCCGCAAGUCGUCGCAAGGAGUGGUCCCCAAGGCCCAAGGAACCCCCAAAAAACACAAUGGAAAGAGCAAAAACACCGGUCCAACGGAGGAGAUAUUCGAUGACGAUGAUGACAUGACCUCAGAACGGACGAAACCCAAGAGCAUCCAUCGACGCAGUACCCGCGACGCGACCUGGGCCGAUCUAGAUCACGAUCAACCAUACCUCGAUUUCCCCGUUACAGGUCUCACCCCAGCAGCCACCAGCCUCUUGAAAGACGGCAAAUCUGGCCACCCCGCAAUCACCAUAACUCCCGCCGACCUCCCGUUCACCGAUCUCCGCUUCCCCGAGCCACACGAUCCCAUCCUGUCCCAAUCCCAAGGCGUACAAACGGUUAGUGACAAACCCGACCAGAGAAGCCAAGCCACCCAAACUGAAAUCCAGGACAACAGCUUAUCUAAUAACAUCCCGGGCCCUUAUGAUUUUCGACCUUAUAAACCUGUGAAGAGAACCCCCGUCCCGGGAUACCACGACGCUACCCGUACCCCCAUGCCUAGAGCAAUGACAGAAGCACUCGUCGACACAAUUCUUGACAACACGCCGCUGAAAGGAUUCAUUCCAGCGCCGGAUCGCCCAUUGCAUUAUUUCAACCACCCAUGGCACGAGCUCCCGCGUCCCAAUUUCCUCUUCGACUUCAUGAUCAAGGCCCCCUCUCCUUCUAAUCACCAGCCGUCGCGGAGGUCACUGGUCCCUAAAAAUUUCCGGCAGGAGUGGACCGAUUUCAUUGCAGAGGAGAAUCUGCUUCUGGCGGAGUCAAUUGCCGAGAACGAGGCCGCGAAAGAAUCGCUGUCUUUCAUUCAGGAGGGUCGCAGGCUGUGUCAGGGGACCAGUACGCAAUUUGAUUCAGACUCGGAAAUUUCUCGGGGGCUGUCAUCUCGGGAGAUGCCGUCUCAGGAGCUACAGGCGCAUCAGACUACUAGGCAGCAGCAGUCUGAUACUCCUUCCGAGAUUGAUAUCGAUCAAAUUCUCCGGGAGCUGCAGGCUGAGUAUUCGUCCUGUUGA